AUGGCUGACAAAUCAGCUUUUGUUCCCGUCGAUGCAGUUGGAAACCACAAGAACACGGAACUUGACGUCGACAUUGACGAUGAGCUUUUCGGCAAAAAGGUUCCUUUUCACUUUGUCUUAUGAAUUUUCAAAAUUUCGUACGAACAUGCCUUGAAAAUGGCGAUAGUCUUAGCACCCAAAGACCCGAUUCGCAGAAAUCCGAGUUCUAAAAGAGCUCUAAGAUCGAUUAGAAACUGAAAAUAAAUUGAAAGGAAUUAAGUAAUAAAAGACCCAUAAAAUAUAUCAGAAUCAGUUCGAGACAUCCUUAAAUCUAAAAUUGGUAGUAAAAAGCCGAAUUCGCUCUCAGUUGUUAGUGACUCGCUUUCUCACAGCUAAAAUUAGUAUUAUUUUCAGCCGGCGGCUCCUACCGAACAGGAGGUACCGCCACCACAACCAGUGGCCGCUCCUCCGGCCCAACCGGAGGUGAAGCUCCCGCCGACACCAGUGGCCGUGACGACUCCACCGGCAGUAGCGGCUGCACCUCCAGUAGCGGCUGCACCGCCAGUAGCGGCUGCACCGCCAGUAGCGGCUGCACCUCCAGUAGCGGCUGCACCUCCAGUAGCGGCUGCACAUCCUGCAGCGGCUGCACCUCCUGCAACGGCUGCACCUCCUGCAACGGCUGCACGUCCUGCAGCGGCUGCACCUCCUGCAGCGGCUGCGAAGCCUUCUCCGGCCGUGAAGCCUCCGCCAGCACCACCUGCCGUGAAGCUAUCAGCGGAAGCCAAGCCUCCGGUCAAGCCACCGACUUCUCAACCGGACGUGAAAGCUGCGCCUCCAGCAAAGGCCGGGAAACCUUCAGCGGCUGUGACGCCUCCACCCCCGGCGACGAAGGCCGCGGCAACUGGAGCCAAAGGUCCCGCAUAUAAAAAGCCGACCAACUUCACAAAGACUCAUGCCAAGUGA